AUGAAACUCUUGAUCUUGGCUUUGUUCAUUGUUGGCGCCUAUGGAUGUGGGCGGCCCACCUUCCCACCCAUUGUCAACAGGGUGGUUGGAGGUGACAAUGUUAGAGCUAACAGCUGGCCCUGGCAGAUCUCUCUCCAGUACUUGAGCGGCUCCAACUACUACCACACCUGUGGAGGAACCCUGGUCGCUGACCAGUGGGUUCUUACUGCAGCUCACUGCGUCGGCAGCAGUCGAACCUACAAAGUGUAUCUGGGCAAGCACAGGCUGAGCACUACUAAUGAGCCGGGCUCCAUUGCAAUGGGUGUUGAGAGGAUCAUUGUUCAUAAUCAGUGGGACCCCCAGAGAAUCAGGAAUGACAUUGCCUUGAUCAAACUGCAGAACCGUGUGCAGUUUUCUAACACAAUCAUGCCUGCCUGUUUGCCUGAUGAUGGACUGGUGCUGCCCGGCGGCACCGGCUGCUAUGUCACUGGUUGGGGACGUCUUUGGACUGGAGGUCCUAUUGCAGAAAUUCUGCAGCAGGCUCUGCUCCCUAUAGUCAGCCACUCUAUCUGCAGUCAGCCUGACUGGUGGAGCAAUCUGGUUACCGAGAAAAUGGUGUGUGCUGGAGGGGAUGGCCAGCUGGCCAGCUGCAAUGGUGACUCUGGUGGCCCUCUGAACUGUCAGAGAUCUGAUGGCGCCUGGAUGGUUUAUGGUAUAGUAAGCUUCGGCUCCAGUCUGGGCUGCAACUACUACAAGAAGCCUUCGGUUUUCACCCGUGUUUCUGCCUACAUCCCCUGGAUCAACCAGGUAAUGACUGCAUAUUAA